GGAAUGGAGCUCGAGACGGAGGUUCUAUUGCAGGAGGCUCGCGAGAGCGUGGAGGCGGCGCGGACCUAUCGGCGGGAGCUGCAGCAGCGCCUAAAGGGGCUGCACCUGGCCCGCCAACAGAUCAAAGAGAGCGCUGCUCUGACGAGGGAUGUUCUUGAGCAACAUUUUAACGAUUUGAAAGGGACCCUGAGAAAGCUGCUGGACGAGAGGCUGGUGUUCCUGCUGCACGAAGUGGAUGCCAUAGAACAGGAAAGCAUCAAGCCCUUGGAUGAGUGCCAGAAGCUAAUAGAACACGGAGUCAGUACGGCUGACGAACUUGUCCGAGAAGGCGAGAAUGCUAUCCAUGGAGCUAUAGGGGAGGACAGUGACAAACUUUGCAGCUUUACCAAAAAGGCUUUGCAUAUUCAGCUGGACAGUUUGCCAGAAGUGCCCACGUUGGUAGAUGUGCCUUGUUUAUCUGCCCAACUAGACGACUCUCUUCUUACAAUAGUGAAAAGUGAGAUCUUCAACCAUGGAGCAAUAGCAUCUCGACCGCCAAUUCAGAUAGAAGAGCUUAUUGAGAAGCCGGGGAGUAUCCUGGUGCGAUGGUGUAAGGUUGAUGAUGACUUCAUAGCGCAAGACUACAGGCUUCAGUAUUGCAAGAAUAAUGCCAGCCACUUUGAAGAUGCGUAUGUGGGCUCAGAGGCAGAAUUCAUAGUGUUGCACAUUGACCCAAACGUCGAUUAUCAGUUCAGGGUUUGUGCUAGAGGAGAUGGUCGGCAGGAAUGGAGUCCAUGGAGCGUUUCUCAGAUUGGCUGUACCACAUUAGUGCCUCAUGAAUGGGCACCUGGCUUUGAUGGCUAUAGCCUGAGUAGCCGAAGAAAUAUAGCACUUCGAAAUGAUUCACAGUCUGGUGGGGUGCUGUACUCCAAGGCUCCAACCUACUAUUGUGGUCAGACGUUGACAUUCCGAAUUGAAACAGUUGGCCCAGUGGACAAAAAAGACAGCAUAGGAGUUUGUGUGGAGCAGCAGAAUGGCUGUGAUUCUUUGCAGCGGGACAAAGCAGUGUGUGUGAGCACCAACGGGGCUGUAUUUGUGAACGGCAAAGAGAUGACAAACCAGUUGCCUGCAGUUACUUCAGGAUCAGCUGUGACGUUUGACAUGGAAGCUGUGAGCCUGGGUCCUUCCAACCAUGAUGAAGGGGGAAACUCCAAACUUAGAGUAACAAUUAGUUCUAACAACAGGGAAGUGGUCUUUGACUGGGUACUUGAUCAGUGCUGCGGUUCUCUGUAUUUUGGAUGUUCAUUCUCCUAUCCGGGUUGGAAAGUGCUGGUGUUCUAGCCU